CACAACAUUUUUUUCUAAAUCAAAAAUUAAAAAGUUUGGAAUUUUAUAAUAAAAAAAAAAACAAAAAAUACAACAAAAUUAAACAAUUUUAUUAAAACUACGAAAUUUUAACAAAACAAAAUCUACAUAUGAACACAACUCUCCAUCUAAAAAAACAUGGAAAUUUUGGCGAAUUCAUUAACCAACCGAAGACAAAUUGUACAACAAAAGUGUAUUUAAAACAAAAAGCGGACUUUAUUAUCAAAAUUCAAAAUUUUCUUUUUGGAAAAAAGAACAAGGAAACCUGUAAAAUAACCACAAAAGCGAAAUCAAUAAAUUUGUUUGGCUUAGAUUUUUUGCAAAAACAACAAGAAGAAGAUAUUAAUCAAACCAACAAAUCUUUCAUGGACCAGACAACCAACAAAAGUCAAUUCAUUAGAAAAAUCGUUAGAAAAAAGUGUUAACAAAAUAUUUUAAGUUCUCUGCAAAAAAAUACACUUUUUUGGCCCCAAAACAAACAUUUCUAAUUACAAACUUAGUUUUUUUUAUAAUUUUUCUUUCUAUACAUUUAAAGCAAUUAAAUUGUGCGUGAUUUUUUAAAUUGUUGCGUAAAGUUAAAAUCGGACGAAACGUAAGUCGUGUUUUUUUGAAAAAGUGUCGUAAACGUAAGUGAAAAUUUUAAGAUAAAAGUGAGAGUAGAGCAAAAGAAAAGCAGUAAGCAGCCUUUAGCGCAAACGUAACGGGGACGACGAGCGGCAACAACGGCCAAGAUAAAUAAUUAUCUUAUGGAUUGCUGGACGGGUAACGCCCGACUGGCGAGUGUUUUAGUUUAAGGUAAGCUUUUAAAUUUACGAAGAAAAUCUUUUAAACUGGCAACAUUUGUAAAAAAAUUUCAGCGUAAGCUGUCACCGACAUGGGCAGUGAGCACUACUGCUUGAGGUGGAACAAUCAUCAAUCCAACCUGUUAGGGGUGUUUAGUCAAUUACUACAGGACGAGAGUCUGGUGGACGUCACAUUAGCUUGUUCAGAGGGCGCUCCCAUCAGAGCCCAUAAGGUGGUCCUCUCGGCCUGUUCAUCAUAUUUCCAGAGCCUAUUUCUGGACCACCCCGAAAAACAUCCAAUUGUGAUACUAAAGGACGUCCGUUUUGCCGAACUGCAAACAUUAGUAGAAUUCAUGUAUAAAGGCGAAGUAAACGUGCAAUAUUGUCAGUUAUCGGCAUUGCUGAAAACGGCCGAGUCUUUAAAGGUUAAGGGUUUAGCAGAAAUGACAAAUCAGAAUACAACUCUAAGAGAACCAGAACGUGAACCCGAACGUCUACGACCUCAUUCACAGCCCUGUAAACGUAGUAACUCUUGUGACAGUCCAGUCGAUGCCACGCUGUCCGGACCCUCAACAUCGGGCGCAACAUCAUCAGCCGCCGCCGCAGCAGCAGCAGCCUCAGCACUAACAUCAGCAUCAAAUGCCGCCUCUUCAACAUCUGCCACAACAAAUGCUACAACAUGCACAAUUGCCCCCUCAGCCACCUCUUUAGUAGCGGCUGCAUUCAGCAGCAGUAGCAGCCUCAGCAGUCAUCUAGCCAGCUCAGUGAGUUCGAAGCGAGAACAUGCUAGUGAACGCUGCAGUCCCUCACCACCAAAGCGAUUGCAUGGUAAACAUGAACAAGACACUACACUACUACCCUUAGAUCUCUAUCAAAGACGUUUAGAACAACAUCAGCAACAGGAAGACACCAAGGAAAAUGCAAUUGUAAAUAAUAAUAAUACAAAUGAGAAACAAAGAAGUACAACACCCCACACAACAAGCGGGACCAUACAAAAGCAUAGUAACACUAGUGAAGGUGGUGGCGGUGGAGGCAGCGGAAGCGGCGCCAGUGGAGAAGGUAACAAGAAACGCGAUGAUUUAGAAAGAGAUUCAGCGAGAAGUUUUAAUUCACCCGAUCGAUUAGCAAGACAUGAUGUAAAUAGACCCAUUGAUGAGACAAUGGGUGGGGAAGGUAUGUCGGGUGGUGUGGAGAAAAUCGAAGAUGUUGAAGAUGUCGAAUAUGGAGACGAAGAAAUGGAAUUGGAUGAUGAUGGCGAUAACAAUUCGGAAGAUGUUUGUUUAAAUAUGAAAAUACGUAGCAGUAGUUUAGCGGCCGCUUUAGUUAGUCCCCAAUUGACAGCAGCGCAAAGGGGUUUAGAUAGUUCUGGUCAUGGUGGCAGUGGUAUUAGUGGCACUGAAGGUGGUGUAGAUUCUGCACGUUCUACCCCAUUGACCACAACGAUACCGAUGGCUUUCGAUACCCACUCACAACGUCCAGCUUCGCGUAGUUCAAGAGAAGGUUCAGGUUUAGAUCGUCCCAGCAGUAGGGGUGGUCUAACCAGUUUGCCCUCUACCUCAGCUAGUGCUAUGGCUGGUGGUUUAAGUCCGGCCUCAUCAACGGCGGCAGCUUUAGGCUUACAUAGUGAUACCGUGCCGGGACCCUCGGGUUUGGGACCAGUGCAGUCGGUGCCUUUGUCUCUCAAAAAAGAAAUCGAUUGCAGUGAAGACGAUAACAGCAAUAGCCGCCAUCAUCUGCAGCCUCGUUCGGCUUCGGCCAGCGGUGUUUUAGGCGGUGAACUCGAUUAUCGUACUCCUCACGAAUCGCUGUUACGUAAUUUUGGUAUGGCCACCAGAUGUCCUACACCAUUUGCUUUUCCCUUUACACCUUUGGGUUUGAGUUUAUUUGAUAUUGAUCCGUCCAGAAUAUUAACCAUGUUGCAUCAUCAAACUUGGUUAGCAGAGGAAGCUUUAAGAAAUCGCGGUUUGCUAACACCACCUCCUACAUCUAAGGAUUUUAGCCAACGUUUUAAUCCUUUAAGCGAUUUACUUUCCAAAGAUUAUCAUGCCAAUCAUAUGCAUCUUAACACUGCCGAUUUAUUAGCUAGAUCCUCAUUAUCAUCAGCAGCAUUAGCUGCCACCACAUCCUCUGCUGGCCAUUUUGGAGGGCCUACCGAUUUAGCUAGUAAACAAACACAGCAACACCGUUCCACACCACAGCAACAGCAGUACAAACAACAACAACAGCAACCACCUUUUAAUAUACGUUAUCCGUCACCAGCUGCAUUUUUUCAUCAGCAACAUCAUCAACAACAAUUGCAGCAACAAUUACAAACACAAAAACUAACCAAGUCAACUAGACAAAGUACACCCUCACCUCAACAAACUGCCACCUCCAGCGGUACAUCCCUGAUGAGUGCUUCAUCUUCGACAUCCUUAUCAUCUCUACACAAAAGCUCCGAAAGAUCUAUAACCCCCUGUCACAAAGACGAUGACAAUGAUGGCGUUAUUGAAUUGACAACCAGCCAUCAUGAUGAAGCUGCUGCUAUAAGAGAUCGUGAUAGUGGCAAUUCAAGUGCCGCCACUACCAGUUCCAUUACCUCAUCGAUGCUUUAUAAAGAUUCUUUAGAACAACUAUUACAACGCCGUCAUUCCAGUGGAAUGAUGACGGGUGAAGCGAGUUUAAAGCCGUAUUCACAGCUCUUGCUGAAUUCAACAACUCCAACUGAUACCUCAAGUUGCAAGGAGAAAAGCUCCUCUUCAUCUACCUCAUCUACGCCACCACCGGCUCCCGGAACACCAGGACAAUUGUCGCUCAGUCGCAGUAGCCUGCUGAAAAGUCCCUCGGAUACCUCAUCACUGUUUAGUGAGCCCAUUGAGGAGGAGACCCGCUGUAUAGUGUGCAAUGCUCAGUUUCCCAAUGUUUGGCUAUUGGAACAACAUGCCGCCCUGCAACAUCCCCUUUUGGGACCAGGUGAGGAAAAACCUUUUAUUUGUGAACAAUGUGGUCAAUCCUAUCGAUAUCGUUCAGCUUAUGCCAAACACAAAGAAACCAAUCAUCGGGCCCGUUUACCGGCGGAUAAACUUUUUACAUGUGACGUUUGUGGCAUGCAGUUUCGCUAUUUGAAAUCGUUCAAAAAGCACAGAUUGAAUCAUGCCUUAGAACGUUUACAUGGUAAAAAGGGUAAGAACCCAUUUGCAGCACAUUUGCAACAACAGAUGCAGGAACAUGAAAUGGUCAGCAGUUCUCAGGAGCCCAAUAUGAUGAUGGCCGACACAGAUACUGUUGAAGAUUUGCGUAUUAAUAUUAAGAAAGAGCGUGAGGAAGAGGAACAACAACUGCAGCAUCAGCAACAACAACUUAAAAACGAUGAAGACCAAGAUGCCACCGUAGAUUCCGCCGGUUUAAUGAGUUACCAGGAAAAUCCGGCCUCAGCCAAUAUAACAAUUCAGACCAACAGCAAUGAGCCUAACAUAACCAGCUCCGAAGGAAUACAUAGUACAAAUAAGAGGCCUCGUCUUCUUCAAGCUUCUCUAACGAGUCAUAUAGAAACGGAUUCCUCCUAUCACUCAAAUCACCAACAGCAACAUCCACCACAACCACCACCACAACAUCACCCACAUACUCUGGUACAUCACCCACACUUAGCACCUCAACUGCCUGGCCAUUUGGCUCAUAAUAUGUCGGCUAUGGCUGCUGCAGCAGCUGCCGCAACUACACCCCAACAUCAGCAACAAAUGACACCACAAACUGCACAACAAGCAGCAGUAGCGGCAGCUGCUGCCGCCGCCAAUUCCAUGAAUUCUUUAAAUUCUCUUAAUUCUAUAACAUCACUAAUCAAUGCUGAACGUUUGCCUAACGAACAAUUUUUGGGUCUUAAUCCACAAGAAGCCUCUAUACUCAAUUUCCUACGGGUGGAUGCUCAGGAAAGGCAAAGAGACAAACGACCUCCUGCCUCCCGUUUUGCUUGCCCAUUCUGUGGUAAAUGUGUACGUUCUAAAGAGAAUCUAAAAUUGCAUGUACGCAAACAUACCGGUGAACGUCCAUUUGUUUGCCUCUUCUGUGGUCGUGCUUUCGGUGGUAAAUCCGAUUUAACACGUCAUUUACGCAUACACACCGGUGAAAGACCCUAUCAUUGUGAAUCGUGUGGCAAAUGUUUUGCUCGGGCCGAUUAUCUCUCAAAACAUCUAACUACACACAUUCACAAUGCUCCACGCUGAGAUGAGGCGCGAAGGAGAAGACUCCUUCGCCGUUAGUUUUAAUGCAACUUUACAACCCGUGAAUACAACUUAAAACUUAGAUCAAUUGUUAAACAGAAACAAGAAAAAACCGAAAAAAAAGUAAAAUCAAAAAACAACAAUUCAAAAUAUGUCGACAUAUGGAAUUUAGCAUAAUACGUAAGAUCUUGGGGUUUAUAUAGAUUUUAUUUAUAUAUCUAAAGAUAAGAUAUGUUUAGAGAUGCAAAACUAAUUAAGUUUUUGUUUCAAAUUUUACACACUAAAUGGAGUUGUAAAGAUUUUAAGAAAUCUUUUACAUUUGAUAUUGUUUCAUUUUUUCUUUAAUUAUAUAUUUUUUAACUAUAAAAUUAUAUAAGAUUUGAUUUGCUUAGGUGUAUAGAUUUCAUUCAAAUUAAUUAUAGUUAAAAACUGAAAUUUCAAUUUUCAUUUGGCUUGCUAGUUGAGAUGGGAACAAAUUAUGGGUAUUAUUUUAUUUUUAUUACUUUUAUAAAUUUCACUACUUUUAACUUUAGUUAAAGUUUAGUAAUAAUAACAAAAAAAAUAUUUUAUUUUUUUUUUGUCUUUAGGCUCUAAAUUGAAAAUUAAGAAAUAUAUAUAUGAUUAUCUAUAUAUCUGAAACUUAUUUUAGAUUAAUUUUAAAAUUGAUUUAAAAUUUAAAAAAGGAAUUUUAAUAACAAGCACUUUUUGUAGAGGAAAAUUUAAAGAAAAUAUUUACAAAAAAUAAUAAUGUAUGGAAAGAAAACUGGAAUGUUAGGGAAUGUCACAAAAUAAUAUAUUUGGCAAUAUGAACUUUACUUUAAACAUUUUGAAACUUAAACUAUUUUAAGUUCUCUAUAUUCCUAAGAACAACUAUUAUAAUAUCUUUAUUCCUGCUUAGAAAUCAUAUUCACAGUAAAUAUCUCUAACUGAUACCUUAAAUUAUAUGAGAAUAUUUAAUUUCUUUUUCAUAUACAAAAUCUACAUCACUGCCGGUUCCAAAUACUCUUACUAACAACUAUAACAUGAGAUUUCAGAAUACUUUAAGCAAUUAAACUUGUCAAUCAAAGUUUGCAUUUUAAAUUGAGCUAUCCAAAAUGGUCCUUCAAAGUCUAUGAAUUCAACAAACAAUCUUUCAAAUAGCCCUUCUUUGUAUGUGUUACUAAAAGCAUUUCAAGCAAAAUGGUCCUUCGAACUACGAGUUAAUAAAACUUUAAUUCUUUUCAAAACAUUCGAUUAGGAAGUUGAUACAUUUCGUUGAAAGGCUUCCAUAUUUUUCUCUAUAAGCAAGUAAAGUUUAUCCUUCAAACAGCGUAAUAUAAAAUUCUACAUAUUUAAAACACAUUUUAAUUGCGACAAAAAUCGCAACAAGUAUGAGUUCAAGAAUUGUUCCUAAGUUGGUGUAUUCCUUAAAAAUGGUUAGAGUUCAUUAAGAACUUUAAAAUGGUCCUUCGAACUGCAAAAUUUGUACAACAUCAAGCAUUUCAAAAGAAUAUAGAUUCUAAUCCUGACAUUUACAAACAAAAAUCACUUUAACAAGACCAUGUUCUAGAAUUGUUCCUAAGAAGAAAUUUUAGUUUCUAGAACUGGUUUCAAGUUAAAGAAAAGCCUAAAUUUAACUUCGAAUGUAGUUUUAAUAUAAAUUCUAUAAAAUUUCAAAAAUUUUCAAAUAAA